GCUCGGGGCCGACAGUGUUCCGGAAGAGUCCCGCGCACGUUUAGACUCUUGGGAGUUGUAGUACGAAUCCGGUCAGGGUUGGAACCAUGUCGGUGGCCAAGGAGCUCUUACAGAUGGACCUGUACGCGCUGCUAGGCAUUGAGGAGAAGGCGGCGGACAAAGAGGUGAAGAAGGCAUAUAGGCAGAAGGCCCUCUCCUGCCAUCCAGACAAAAAUCCGGAUAAUCCCAGAGCAGCUGAACUCUUCCACCAGCUUUCUCAGGCCUUGGAGGUACUGACUGAUGCGGCAGCCAGGGCCGCGUAUGACAAGAUCAGGAAAGCCAAGAAGCAGGCAGCAGAGAGGACCCAGAAACUAGAUGAGAGAAGGAAGAAAGUGAAGCUGGACCUGGAGGCCCGGGAGCGGCAGGCUCAGGCCCAGGACGAGGAGGAGGAGGAGAGCCGGAGCACCAGGACACUAGAGCAGGAGAUCGAGCGCCUGCGAGAAGAAGGUUCCCGGCAGCUGGAAAAACAGCAGAGGCUGAUGCAGGAGCAGAUACGCCAGGAACGGGAGCAGAGGUUGAGAGGAAAGGCAGAAAAUCCUGAAGGCAAAGGAACUCCCAAGCUAAAGCUAAAAUGGAAGUGCAGAGAGGACGGGUCAAAAGGCGGCUACUCCAGAGAUGUCCUCCUGCAGCUUCUUCAAAAGUACGGAGAGGUGCUCAACCUGGUACUGUCCAGCAAGAAGGCAGGCACCGCCGUGGUGGAGUUUGCGACCAUCAAGGCUGCGGAGCUGGCUGUCCAGAAUGAAGUGGGCCUGGUUGAUAAUCCUCUGAAGAUUUCCUGGUUGGAGGGACGGCCCCAGGGCAAGGACGGCCCCAGCCACCCAGGACUGUCACAGGCUGAGGUUGACUGAGGCUGUGUGUGGGGCAGGGCUUCCUUCUCCUGUGACCUCAGCAGGAGCCGGUCCACAGGCAGAUGGACAGCUGGGAGGGCGCAGUGCCCCCGCCCCCACCUGGCAGAGCAGAGCGGGUUUCUAAACCUCUGACAACUCCCCUUCCCUGGAAACCUGUGAGGAGUGGAAGCUGGGGCAGAGGCUGAGAGGACACGAAGGGAAAGCUGAACCGGCGCUGGCUGGAGAGGGAGGGGAGGUUCUGGUUGGGAUGGUUGAGGAGCUGGUCCGGAGGCCCACGGUCGGCUUGCUCCGAAGGAGCAUGAUGAACUGGGCUUGCAGGUCCUCCCCGGUCCUUCUCCUCCUGGGCACCGUUCUUCUCGACUCUUGACUAGCUCUGCCCAGGCCCUGCCCUCCUUCUCCCUCCUCUGUCCCCAGGGCUCAGUGGUGUCCGAGAGGGACUACGAAAGCCUCGUCAUGAUGCGCCUGCGCCAAGCAGCUGAGCGGCAGCAGCUGAUCGCCCAGAUGCAGC